GGCAGUGGCUCCUUCCCGGGACGCUCUUUCCUUCCUCCUCUUGCUCCUCCUCCUGCCUCUCUUCGCUCCUCCCGCCUUUCUUCGCUCCUCCUGCAAACGCGGUGGGGGCUGCUUGGCCGCCAGGAGCAGCAAGAGACAGGGCAACCUGAGAGAUUGGACCAGCGCUGCAUGGGGUAAUUUACUGGUAGGAAAAAUAAUCCCCAAAGAGAUUGAAGUGAGCUUCAGGAUGGCAAAAGAGGAGCCCCGGAGUAUCUCAAGGGACUUGCAGGAGCUGCAGAAGAAGCUGUCUUUGCUGAUAGAGUUCUUCCAGAAUAACCCAAAGGUGAAGGCCUUUACGAAGUCUCCAGUGAGUCAGUACUUGGACAGGCAUCCGUUUCUGGCCCUCGCCUUGCUGGUGUUCAUUGUCACAUCGGCCGUUCCUGUUGGGUUCUUCCUGCUCCUCGUGAUCAUUACCACCCUGGUUGCUCUGGUGGGGGUCAUAAUACUGGAAGGACUGGUCAUCUCUGUGGGUGGUCUCUCACUGCUCUGCAUUCUCUGUGGCUUGGGCUUCGUAUCACUCGCCAUGUCGGGGAUGAUGAUGGCAUCCUAUAUAAUAGCCUCCAGACUCAUCAACUGCUCGUUUUCUCCCAGACCACUGACACAGCAAAACUCCAAUGGCGACUGUCAGCUGGCCAUGAAGGCCACAGACUUCAAGGGGCUUUACCAGGAAUGAGUGGCUGCUCAGAGGCUGGGCUUCUUUUCAAGCACUGCUGGAUUGUACUCGCCCCUUGGGAUUAUGGCUUAGAAGAAGGGGGCUGGGUAGGCAAGCACUCCUUGGCUGUGUCAUCCCACUUUUUCACUUAUUUGUAGGGUCCCGCAGCAGCCAAUUUAGGGAUUGUGUUGUUCUUGUGUUGGUUCCCAUGUAAAGAAGCAGCAGAGAAAUGCGAUGGCUCAACAGCUCAUCCUGACCCAAGUAUGCAGACUUGGUCUUGGCGGGGAACUGGGCUUCUAAAGUCUAGCCCAUUGACCCCAAAGCUUCGAGACUCACGUCCAACAGUUCCAUUGGGAGCAUCAGUGAUUGUCUGUUGUUUUUUGUUUUCAAUAAUGAGGGCAGCUGUUCAUUUUUUUACUCAUGUGAAAUAA